AGGAGAAGAAACAUUUUCACUCUCCUUUUGAAUCAGAAGAAAGAGAAAAUAAAAAUGGAGAGAAACACGCCGGUGAGAAACCCUCACACUUCCACCGCCGAUCUGCUUUCUUGGUCGGAAACUCCUCCUCCUCACCACUCAACCUCUUCCGCCGCUCGUUCUCACCAGCCGUCCGAUGGAAUCAGCAAGAUUCUCGGCGGUGGUCAGAUCACAGAUGAGGAAGCUCAGUCGCUUAAUAAGCUGAAGAAUUGUUCAGGGUACAAGUUAAAAGAGAUGACUGGUAGUGGCAUAUUUAAUGAUAAGGGAAAAGUUGGGUCUGAAUCCGAUGCUACUGAUCCAAAGACUGGACUCCGUUACUAUCAGCAGACGCUGAAUGGAAUGAGUCAGAUAUCUUUCAGUGCUGACGGUAAUGUUUCCCCGAAGAAACCAACCACUUUAACCGAGGUUGCAAAGCAAAGAGAGCUGAGCGGGAACUUGCUAACCGAGGCAGACUUAAAGAGCAACAAGCAGAUAUCAAGUGCUAAGAUUGAAGAGAUCAGCGGUCAUGACAUCUUUGGACCUCCAUCUGAGAUCCAGCCUCGAUCUUUGGUUGCUGCACAGCAAGAAGCUAGAGGUAACAGAGACAUGGGAGAGCCUGCACCAAGGAACUUACGCACUUCUGUUAAAGUUUCCAAUCCUGCAGGAGGACAAAGCAACAUACUAUUCAGUGAAGAACCUGUUGUGAAGACAUCAAAGAAGAUACAUAACCAGAAGUUUCAGGAACUCACAGGCAACGGCAUUUUCAAAGGUGAUGAAUCACCUGGUACUGCGGAUAAGCAGUUAAGCUCAGCUAAACUCCGGGAAAUGAGUGGAAACAACAUUUUCGCAGACGGGAAGUCAGAAUCCCGAGACUACUUUGGUGGUGUGAGGAAGCCCCCCGGCGGUGAAAGCAGCAUUUCAUUGGUCUAAGACUCGGGGCUAUUUGGUAUUAAACGCUAUAUGCUCAGCUCUCAUGUUUCAGGUUCCUUAGAAUUUCUUAGAGUCUGGUUUCGCGAAAUGUCGAAAACGCUUCAGCUAUUUUCGGUUUUCUCUUAGGAAAAUCUGAAGAGAGCUCUUUGUACGAAUCGUUUUAAACCUUUUGGUGUUGUCGUCUCUAGUACUUGAAGUUUCUUAACUGUUUCUGCAUUUUUACUCUUCACUUUAAAAGCAAGUAUGUUUCAAUA